AUAUCCCUUUCUCUGUAAAGUUCAUCGAGACCCCCCUUAUCCUUUACUCUCUCUUUCUCUUUCUCUCUACCAGAAAAGUCAGUGCCAAUCACCAAACCGCCGCCGGUUUAUGACAACGAACCCUAAUCCUUUGGCGUCGCCGGUGGGCUGAACUACAGCGGAGGAAGCUCGGAAGCCCGCCCCAUCUCACUAGUGGGACGGAAUCCAUCUCCACCGCUAACUCAUGGAAGUUUUGUUCGGUCCUCCAACCUUUAGCAUCGAGGUUCCGCCGUCCUCGGCGUUCUCCGCCGUCUCUCUUCCGUCGGAGAAUCCAUCCGCUGCCGACACUCAGAACCUAGCUCGGUCGGGUUUUCUCCGCUCUGGAUCUGGUAGCUCGAUUGGGGAAAAUUCGUCGGAGAGUUCGUCGUCGAUUGGAGUUCCUGACGGUGAUUCCGAUGACGAUGGAGGCGGUGGUGAUGAGGUGCAGAGCAAGCCAAAGGAAGGAGGAUUGUGCGGAUUAGAGUCUCUUGAAAAAGCUCUUCCGAUUAAGAGGGGAUUAUCGAGCCAUUUCUCAGGGAAAUCGAAGUCGUUUGCGAAUCUAUCAGAGGUGAUUCAAGUGAAAGAUUUAGAGAAGGCAGAGAAUCCUUUCAACAAGAGAAGAAGGAUUUUAAUGGCGUCGAAAUGGUCAAGAAAGAAAGGUUCGUUCUACAACUGGCCAAACCCUAAAUCGAUGCCUCUGUUAGCUCUGAACGAAAACAAUGAAGAAGAAGAAGAAGAAGAAGAAGAUGGUAAAGAAUCCGGCGAGGAAUCCGAUGAAGGUAAAGGAGGAAGAAGACGAAGCCUAGGGCAGAGAUUCCAUGAUGGGAAGCUCGUUAAUGGCUUAAAAUUCAAAAGCUGUUUUGAUCUGCAAGAAUAUGAACAACAACAAUGAAAAUGAAAAAUCUUUAAGCCUCUUUGUUCUUCACUUUUUAAAGAUUUAUUUAUCUGAACAAAAAGGAAGGCAACAAAAAAUAUUUAUUUUUUUUUCUUUUUUUAAUUUUCUUUUUUUAUGUUUAAUGUGUCCAUGUAGAUAAAUUAAUAAUAUAGGUUCUAUAUAAUUAUCUAUUUAGAUAUGUAUAUGUAUUCUAUUAUAUUGGUGUCUCAAUGUGUGUAUGAUUUAUGAUAUGAAUGUUUGAGGGAGAUGGCAAGUGAUGGUGAAAUUAUGCAAAUCUCCUCGGACAUGAUUCGGGCUAAGAGUAGGAUGAGUUAUAAUCCUUCUUAGUUUCAGGUCAUAAAUUCAAUCUAAGAUGAUCGUCUAUCUAAAA